UGUUUGUUUACUUAUUCGCCAAUGAAAACAACCAAAAGUCCAAAAACGCUUUGGAUGGCAUUAUUUUUUUUCUAAAAACUUCUAAAUUCUGGUGUUUUGAAGAGAUUUUGAACAUUUUGUAGUACAUUAUAAAAGAAGUGACCGCGGUAUUAUACUUGUCCAGGCGGGAAAGUUAAAUUUCUCUUUCCAAAGAUGACUAUCUUCAAGUUGGAAUGCUUCCCGAAUGUGUGCCGGUCCUGUUUGCAGCCGAAGGCCGCGGAAGACAUGACCGAUCUCAAGGAACACAGUGAAAAACAUGGCUCUAAGCUGGAUGACUUAUUGGACGAAAUUACUUUUCCUAUUCCGGCGGACCUAAAACAUCUCGUACCGAAUGCCAUUUGUGACAUGUGUUCUGAAAAGCUGGAUCAAUUCCUAACGUACCGCAAGCGAAUGAACUACGUGUUGAAAUUCGCAUUCGGUUUAGCCUUGGUUAAACGGGGAGACACUUCGACGCUGGAGGAGCUCUUCAAAGAUCAGAAAGAAUACGUUCUGGUGCUGUUACAGGAUCUUAAUAUUCUGGGAAUAGACGAAGAAAUUGAUCUCAAUGAUUUGUUGGAAGAGUUCCCGCAGUACGACAUUGGAUCUAUGCCGGAUGUAAAAAAUGAAAACCGAGGGGAUGACGAUAUCAUGGAGAGUGCGCUGAUUAAGGUGGAGGUGGACGAUAGUGGAAUGAUUGUGGAAUACCUGGAAACUGCGGUGAAGCGAAAACGCGGUCGUCCAAAGGUCAUAAAAAGUGAGGCUAAACAGAAGAAAAGGCCUGGCCGUCCGAAGAAAGUGAUCGAUGACUCGGAUGACGAUGAUAAGCCGCUGAAACGGUUCAAAACUUCAGAGGUGAUUGUCGGAUCGUGCGGCGGGGAAGAGGUGGACGAUCUAAUUUUGGACGAGACUGAUAUGGUCGAAGAGCGAUUGUCCAACGCUUCGGAGCACUAUGCCGAUCAGGAUUUGUCCGAGAUGCUGGAGAACACCGAUGACCACAUCAAGGACGAUGAGUCCGAUGGGGACUUCCAGCUGGAUGAGGCGCUACUGGCGCGAAGUAAAAAACGGGGUAAGCACGGGAAGCCGAUGCCGCCGAAGUCUGGGCGGAGGGAAGAGCUGCUGCACUGUGAUAAGUGCAAGUUUAAAACGUACUAUCCGCAUACGUUCGAGCUGCAUCUGGAUAAGCAUUUCAAAAGGGAAAUGUACCCUUCCCUGCAACGGUGCAAACGAUGCGACAUGGAGUUUGAAUCGAAAAAGGAACUGGACAAGCACAAACGCCUCGAGCACAGGGACUACAUGUGCGACACCUGUGGCUUAUCAUUCGAGCAAAAGUUUGCUCUGGAAACGCAUCGGAAGCGGCACGAAAGCGUCCGACAGUUCAAGUGCGACUACUGUCCCAUGGAGUACUACACGCGACCGGAGAUGCUGCUGCACGUGAAGCAGGCCCACCUAAACGCAUUCGAGGUCAAGUGCCCGGAUUGUGGACUCAGUUUUAAAACCAAAUCCACUCUGAAUCAGCACAUCAAGACGCACACAAACCAGCGGACACACACCUGCAGUGUCUGUGGGUACGGGUUCAAGUCGUACACCCAUCUAAACCGACACAUCAAGUCUGUCCACCAGGACAUCCGGUUCAAGUGUGACCACUGCGAGAUAUCGUACGGUCGGAAGGAUAAGCUUCGAAUGCACAUGGAGAAAACUCACAAUAUCCAAACAUAUUUUGUCUGCGAUAUUUGCCUACAAUCGUACAACUCCAAAGAUAAGCUGGCGGACCACAAAGUACAUCACGAAUAUCCGAAGCCACUGCAAUGUGGAGUUUGUCUGGCCGCUCAUGUUACGUCCGAAGAGUUUGACCAACAUCUCUGCAUUACCUAUAAAGAAAACUACAUCUGUUGCAACCGGGACUUCAAGUACCACUUCUACUACAAUAAACACAUGUUCUUGGUGCACGGACUCAAAACCAACGUUCGGGUGAAACCCACGGAAGGACUCUUGUUGGGUCAAAUCCGUGCUCUAAGAAAACAAGCUGAACGGUGUCCCCGGUGCGAGCAGGAGUUCGCCACCCGGAAUCUCAAGAAGCAGCACAUGCUCUCAUGUCGAGGACCGAACACCACCAUAGGCAGUGAUGCGGGAAUCAUCGACGGCGCUUCCGAACCUGCCGGUCAUGGUGUGGUGGCGCCGUCGUACGGUGCCGAAGAAGGUGGCUCCAUCGUGUCGUCGUCAGGCCAACCGGGCGAAGCUGCGUACGAAAUCGAAUACAUCGACAACUACGACCCGGACGAUGACGUUGCCAUGGAGAAGUUGGAGGUGGUUUAGAGGGGAGUUCCACCGAGUGCGUAUUGUUUUACUGCAUGUCAUGUAGAAUUUAUAUUAGAUUUAGGGAUUACAGUAAUAUAGUAACGCUUAAUUAGCAACGUAACAAA